ACACUAUACGUUUUUUAAUAAUCUUAAUUCACCCAUUUGUGAAUUUCGCAGAAUUAGGCGUGAUUACUCCAUGGUUUGAACAGUGAGACGAAAUCAGAUAUCAAGAGUUGUAAAAAGAGAGUUAGGUCCUAGACUAAGGAUUUGGAUAACGUUCAAAUUCAUUCUCAUUCAACAACAUAACUUACAGAAAGUGUGAGUUAGACAUUCAAAUGGCAUACGACUGGAGCAAAAUCCAGCUUUAUGACUGGUUUUAUGAGCAAAUUGGACCAGAUUGGAUUGGGCUGGAGCAUAGAAACUAGACAUUGUCCUCACACAGGCUUUUCAAAUAAAUUCAUGGCAAAUUAUAAAAUGUAUCUCAAGAAAAACAGAAAAUAGCAGUCAACUGAGGAGAAGACAAUGUUCCUUCUUCAGAGAAUUUGCAUUUAUCCUUAAUUCAUUGCGUUGGUUAAGAAGAGAGGAUAAUGGCUGACAUAGAGUUAGAGGAAAUCAAGACCAAUAUUGGGUUAACAUCGACAGAGGCUACAAGAAUAUUACAGAAUACAAUAAAAGAGGAGCUAAAGCUCUAUGAUCAAACGACAAAGCUACAAUUUAUCCAUGAUGUUAUCAACACUUUCUAUAAGGGAAAGAGCACGCCAAUGGACUGGUUUGGGGCUUCUCUGUUGUUUGUUGAGGCAGGAGUUUUGUUUACUGGAUAUCGUCUUGGUGAUGAGAAUACAGGCCUCGCUCCACUAAUUGAAGGAUUGGUUGUGCUGUUAUGUGCUGUCUUUACAACUGUCCUCUGUGUAAGAGAGAAUCGAUUGCAACACUCAGAAGUAUCAAGAAACUUCAGAGAAGCUUUUAAAAGAAACAAAGAUGAUUUGCAAGGAGACACCUACAUUGACAUCAAGUGUCCGAAAUCACCAUCAAUAACAAUGACAGGGACAUACAGAGACAAUAAACUGGUCAAUCUACCAUGGAACCUGUUGGUGGAAGGUGAUGUCGUAGUUUUAGGGCCUAGUGAAACUGCUCCUACCCAGAUUAAACAGAUUGUCAACGAGAAAUGUUAUCGCUCUUUUCCGUUCUGCCUUGAUGCUGGAGAAGUCUUCAACCCUCCUUUUACCACGUCAAAAGUUGGAGUCGAAGAAGGAAACCAACCUUCGAGUUGUCAGCCAUACCCAGAACAAAUGUUUAUGGUGACUGAAACCCCAAUGAAACGCUGCAUAAGAUCGACAUUCCAGCAUUGUCGCCAGAGGCCAGAAAGUGUUUUGAACCAUGAUAUGAGACGGGUCUUAGUUGUCCUUAGGAAGAAAGUCAUAUGGUUCUUUCUGAUUUCGUCUUUGCUUGUUAACUACGUGAGACUCCGUUUAGAGCCUGCCACUGUCGGCCAUUACAGCGAAGUGAUGCUCCUAGCAACAGGAUACGUGCUGUUGCCGCUGACGCCCAUCAUAUUUCCCGUGCUUUGGAUACUUGUAUCUCUUUAUGGCGUUGCAAGGAUCAAGGCCGCCUUCAAGCACUCAGGAAUAGUACGAACUCGAGAGCCAAAUGCUGUUUGGGAGAUUGACGAUAUAAGCUUGAAGUGGACAUUGAAAGAAUUCUGGAAACUAAUUCGUGGAGACCCAUCUUGUUUGUCAAGGACUGCAAAUCUUUUACACACUCUUGGCAAUGUGACGGUAUUUUGUUGUAUCGAUAAGUUAGGAGUUCUUUGCUACCCAAACCUGACACCUUCCAAAGUCUUUAUGUUUAAGAAUACGCAAUCAAAUGAACAAGCCAUUCAACACAAGAGAAUCGUGAGAUUGAUGUCGGAAACAUCAGAUGCUGAUGAUAUGAAGUCUUCUGACGUUGACUUUCCUGAAAUCGAAGUUUUUGAUAAUAUGACAAUUGAACCCUAUGACACAGAAGUUCUCAACUUGUCUUACGACAUCAAGAGCACCAAUGGUAUACAAUUCGAUGAUGAAAGAUGGAAAAGUCACAUCGAGUCUCUCAAACCACUGGGUCUAAAUCUCCUGCUUAAUUCACCAUGCACUUUUCCUUUCAAACGUUUACUGCAAGAAAACUUUACAGGACACAUAUCACUCGCUGCUAAUAGCUGCCCUGUACCUAAUCUUCGAAGAUGCUCUUGUCCGCUCGCACGAGAAAUUGGGUUUAAAGAUCAUGUGCUAGAUGGAUUCUCUAGAUAUGGGCAGAUUUUCGCAUUCAGAACAGUGCAUGCCUCUGAGCUUGCAGUCAUCCCAUCUGACGUCUUUCUGUCAAUCGUCAAGGACAAGCUUGUUCCUAGUAUGGUGUCAGUAGUUAUGAGAGAAAAUUACUCAGGAAUGUUCCAGUUGUUAACCCAAGGGUCUGCAGACCUUGUUUUGGAUGCUUGUACAGACUUCUGGGAUGGCGACGAUCUUUGCGAAUUAUCGAAUGACGAAAGGAAAAAAGCACUGGAUUUUUAUCAGAGAAUGAGCACAACUGGUCAUUGCAUUGCAUUUUCAUAUCGUCCUUUGAUUGAGCGAUCUUGUGUUUCUUUUAAUGACGAUAUCUUCAUCGAAUGUCCACCGGCAAUGACUUUUCCAGCCGUCGAAAUGGAGACAGGAAGCUCCUGGAGUUUGCCAAAGAAAGUCAGCGAGUCAGACGAGACCGGAAGUAAUGAGUUAGCUUGCAUCUUUGAAGAAAAGCAGGAAAGUCAAGUUGUUCGCACUGAUGAUCCCCAAGAUAUGCUAAGGAUGUUGGGCAAGCAAAUAUUUAUUGGAAUGGUGACAUACAGUGAUUUAGUUAAAGAGGAUACUGAGUGCUUGGUUGAGAGUCUAAACAAUGGUGGAAUUCGAUUUGUUUAUUUUUCGACUGAAAAUGAACUAAAAAGCCAGGUAUUCGCAGAGCGAUUGGGUCUUGAGACCGGCUGGAAUUGUCACAUAUCAUUAGCUAAUUACGAGCCACUCCCAUGUCGCGGCAGUAUCGACGAAUCAAGUGUACUUCACUCAGAAACGGAUGGGUUGAUCGCUGGUAGCAAAUCAAAUAUAGCUGAAGCAAACGACGAUCGUCGAAAUACAGCCUACUGCUCUGGAAGCGAAGAUUUGUACAAAGAGAAAGUUGUGAAUGGAAAUAGCAACCAUGACAACUUCUAUUUAAUAUCAAACAGGGCAAAGCUGCCACGUGGAAUUCGAAACAUUAGGCCACACCUGAAAAACGUUGACGAUGUUCCCCUUCGUGUACCACUUUUUACUGAUUGCACCCCUCAAGCUGUAACUGAAAUGAUAGAAAUCAUGCAAGAAAAUGGCGAAGUCGUUUGCUGUCUCGGCAGCUCAUUGAAUACAUGGAAUAGUCAUAUAUUUUCCCAAGCCGAUGUCAGCAUUGCGAUCGACCCGUUGCACCCUCAAGUGUGUGUGAAAAGCAAGCCAGGAAACUAUAGAAGUGGGUCUCCCUUGCAGUCAACAGAAGACAAUGACAAAUAUGACGUAUCCUCUUUGCGACUGAGUUCCUUCUUAAACAGUCUCCCAUGCUCCUUGCUUUGCCGACAAGAUAAACAAAUCGAUUUUGUUUCCUUGAUUUGUGAGGCAAGAAGACUGAUGUUCAACAUGAAAAGCUGUUUUUUGUUUAUGCUGUCAGCCAACCUUUCUCUUUCCUUGUGCAUGCUUGUGUCCUUUUGUUUGCUUUUACCUUUUCCCUUUACGGGACUUAGACUUCUUUGGCUGGAAAUUAUCAUUAUACCGCUGCUCUCUCUUUCUCUGCUCGGUACACCGUCUGAUUCGGACCUGAUGAACAGGAUGACUGGGAAAAGAAUCAGCAAUAUAUACGAAGAUUCAAAACAGUUUUUCAUACAUUUCUUUCCAACUUUUGGUCUCAAUGUGCUCUUUACAGUCAUCGGACUCUUUGCUUGGUUGCUUUUCUCGUUUUGCACAAAAAGUCAUGGAGCUGAAGGACAAUGUCAUUUUCUUUUUGGCACUAAAAACCUUACAGACCCGUGGCAUGGAUGGAUAACAGUGAACAAAGAGGGCCUAUACAUGAGCCAAGACGUAACAUUGCUCUUUACAACAUUUUAUUUGAUUGUCUUAUCAGCAAGCUUUGUAGACAGAAAUUAUCAUUUGUGGACGAUGUUGCCGUUUCGCAAUAAACUUUGGUUAAAGGCUACUUUGCUAUGUAUUGGUUUACAAUUCAUAUACACAGCAGUCUCAAUAUAUCUUUCGAAUGUCCCAGGAACAGAGCACGAUUUUCGCAUUCAAUACGUGAUUUAUCCAUUAAUCCUCGCUCUUCUUUGGCCAGUUGUUCUUAUAAUUUCUUGUGAAAUGAUGAAACGCAGGCAUAUCAAGAUGUUCAUUAGGUACCAAAAAAGAGAAAGACUUAAAUUCGACACGAAGCUUGGUAUGAACUCGCCUGUUUAGGCAGAUGCAAGCGUAGUUUCAAGAAGGUUUAUCUUUGUAAAUAUUAAUUAACGUAACACUAGAUUUAUACUUGUUAUAAGUAAAAUUAAGUAAAGUAAUUGUUAAAAAAUAAUCAAUAGGCGUUGGUCGUAUUUUGCUUCACGACAGAUGGUUUGCUUAUUUUGACUUUCAAGGGUAAGGGGGGGGGGUUUGGAACAUAAAACAAAGAUUUAGAUAAAGCAAAUUUUGUUUCUAUUUCGCAUGCUGUCCGAUAUGAUUUUGCCGAAUAAUUUAAGAUUUUGCGUUUGACACGUCCUUGGUAGUUGUAUUUUAGUAGUGUUAACUGUAAAGGUUAUUUCGGGAAUUUGCUAUAAAGGUCUUGCGAGGAGCAAUUUGACCUUUCAUGUUGUUUAUGAUUGGGUUGUUUUCACUGCUUCAGUAAAUUCAAAUUUACGUAACAGCCUGAUACGAUAUUUCUGGGGAUAUCGAAUUGAUAUAAGGUAUUCUUGAAAACAUUUGAGGAUGGAAUUUAUGCAUUACAGGCAGAGCGUCAUUUUAUGUGGGCCGUAAAUAAAGUUUAGGGGCGCAAUGAUUAUUAGGAUGGGCGAAUAACUAAAGUUUAUGGUCAAAACCUAAUAUAACCCUCGUAAGAUAAAUGAAGAGAAAGGAUUCAAAUUUUGUAUUUUUAUAUGUCCAUUUUGUUGUCAUUCAAAUUGUUUACAUUUGAUAUAAUGCAUAGUCAAUUUAAACUGUUUAGAAGUUAACUCUGAAAUUAUAUGGCAUCAGAUUGUUUAGAAAGCUUUGUCUCAACUUG